AAAUAAUAAAUAAAUAAAUAAAUACAUAAACAGACGAAAAAGAUUAGAACGACAAUCACAAUUCACAACACGGCGACCCAGCUCAGAACAAACGUGUCAAGCUAGGGGUCACCUGGUACAGGUAGAGAAUCCAAUUAUAUUCUCGCGAUCGGAUCUUCGAUAGUUGAUCGGAGAAAAGCAAGAUGAGCGAAGAAGGUGGAGGAAAGGCGAGAGGCCCACCGGCGGCCGACGGCGACGAUUUUCCACACCCGUCCCCGCCCAAUUACUAUUACGGCACUUUCCAAGGCGUGGCGAAUUACCAGCCUCGGCCUCCGCCGCCGUCUCACCCGGUGAUGGGUUUUCCUCAGCCGGCGCCUCCUCCUGGGUUUUCCGGCUCCAUACCGCAUUAUUAUCAUCAGGGAUAUCAAUCGGUUCCAGGUUAUGUUGUUCAUGAAGGAAGGCCUUUUAGAGAGGAGCGGCUCCCUUGUUGUGGCGUGGGGAUUGGAUGGUUAUUGUUUAUCACUGGUUUUUUUCUGGGCGCAAUUCCCUGGUACAUUGGUGCUUUUCUGCUUUUAUGUGUUCGUUUGGACUAUCGAGAGAAGCCUGGCCUCAUUGCAUGUACUAUAGCGGCUCUGCUAGCUGCACUUGCCGUUACUCUUGGCGUGACAAAGGCAACACAUGCGUGGUGAAAUUUGAUGUUCUUGUUGUUGUACAUUCUCCAGCUAUAAAUUCAGAUAUUUAUUAUUAUUGAUUGUAAUUACUUUGUUGAAGCAAUGGUUGAAUUUCUCUGAUUUUGCAUCUAAAAUGUCCGUUGUGUAGACAGUAGUAGACAAUAAUUGAACGAUCAGGAUCAGGCUGCGUCAAACGAGAACUUGUACAACUUUACUGUUUGGCUGUGUAGAAAGAUGGGAUGAAUAAUUGAACUUAAAAAUUGCUAUAAAGUAACUCAGUUGGCCACUUAGAAGUUGCCAUGAUUUGACUCAUGAAAGCUAACAAAUCUAAAACAAGAUUCUACAAAAAU